CCGCUCCACUCCACAGGCAGAGAUGAACUUGGCUCUGGUCCACGAUCGGCUGCACAUCAAGUCCUUUUGGGAGAAGAGGAUCAACGAUGACACUGAGCACGCCCAGACCGAGGAGCAGAGGAGGAACCAGAGCGCACUCGGAAAGUUGAGGGGAGAGUGGUUGGUUCGGUUGGAGGCUCGAAACAAACAUCUGAAAACGCUGAACGACAACUUCUUGAAGAAACCCAAGACAGAAUCCACGGACCAGAACCAGACCUGAACCGGGACUAGACCAGGACUAUGCCAAGAUUAGACCAAGACCAGACCAGGAGUAGACCAGGACUAGAUUAGAAUUAAACCUGCACUAAACCAGGACUAAACGUGCACUAAACUUGGGCUAAAUCAGGACGAAACAUGGACUAAACCGGGACUAAAUCAGGACUAAACCAGGACUAAACCAGGACUAACCC